UGGGGCAUAUUCCCCGGUCUAUCGCGGUAGAAAGACACUGCAGAUAAACCCAUGCCGUUACCAUUACUAGCGGUGUGGGAGAGUUAACUCGUCGUCUGGCAGACACCGCUGAAACGUGUUUCUGGAUUUUGUAUUGACAUUUUUUUUUUUAGGGGGGGGGGUAUUUUUUUGUACCUUUUAACUCCCGUCUGUGAUAUUCUUCAACACGGAAUCUGCUGGGCCCUCAAAGCGUGUUUGAUUUGUGCCUCGAGGAUAUCCAGGAUACAUGCCCUUUUCAUUCGCAUAAUGGGAGAUUGUCCGGUUCGUUGUUAUGCAUAUGUUAUAACGCCGUGAUUUUGGGGGUGUUUAAAUUUGUGUUUCUUGCCGUGGAUUGCAAAAUUGGAAUUUCUCUCCCAGGCGACUCAGCGAAAAGGGAAGUAGACAGCGUGAGAGAGAGAGGGAGAGAGUGGGGAUAAAGACACUCUGCCACCUCGCUGGAUCACACCACGGGAUUUAAUAAUUGCAUGUUCUAAAAAAGGAUAUACAUGUGCCUAUUCGGUGUUUAACCGACCCAAUCCGGUUUGCAGGAUGAGUAAAGACAGACCCAAAAGGAACAUCAUACAGAAGAAAUACGACGACAGCGAUGGUAUCCCGUGGUUAGAGGAGCGCGAGGUGAGGAAGGUGCUCUACCUUUCUCUGAAGGAGUUUAAGAACACCCAGAGGAACAAGGUGACAGAUGGCCUCGGCACAGGAAACGUCAACGGCUCUUUCCCACACAGCCAUGGCUGCCGGUCAGGACCAAAGGCAGGGAUACCGGCAGUCAACGGUAAAGCUGAGUGCUCACGCUGCUCGUCUCAAAGCAACGAUGGCAGCAGCGAGUAUUCAGGGGACGAUCCAGUCAGAAAGAGACCACGGCUGCAGGCUCAGAGGAAGUUUGCCCAGUCUCAGCCCAGCUCCCCCAGUGCCACGCCGGUCAAGCUGUCUGAGACCCUCUUGCCCCCUAGCCCCACCUCUCCCCCCAGCGACCUCACCAGACGCAAGCCCAAGACUGAGGACUUCAUCACCUUCCUCUGUUUACGAGGCUCGGCUGCGUUGCCAGGCAACAUGGCGUACUUUGGGAGUGCCCAGGAUGAUGUGGAUCUGGAGGAUGAAGAUGAUGAAGAGGAGGAGUGUGACGACAGGAUGUCAGCUCACAGCCACAACUCAACUUCCUGUCUGUCCUCACAGCGGAAAAACAAAACAACGCCGGGGAAGAAGGUCUCCAAUGGACAUGUGUUGAAUGGCCACUGCAGGUCCUUACGGGGGAAGGAGCUCUUCCUGAGGCCCAGAGGGAGAGAGGCUAUCCAGGCCAGAGAGAGGGCUGAGAGGGGAGAGGCCCGGAGGGAGAACCACAGGACCUCUACAGGACCCCCAGCCAGGACCUCCAGCACCACCCACAGUCUUCGCCACAGCAGACCCACCCAGGAGCACCCAAAGCAGGUUUCAAAAGGGAACAGGCUGUCACGGGUAUUGUCAGCUACCGUACACAACUCCGGUGCCAAAAAGCCCCCGGCUUCCCGACCACCGCCGUCUAGAACUGUGAAGUCCACAGCCGCAGCGCUUCCCAGGGGCCACACCCCCUACACCAAAGCCAGACUUCUCAAAGAGGCCAAACUCACCUUGGGCAAAAGAGCCUCCUCCAAAGCUCGCCAACCCCUGAAGAAGCAACGGCGCUCUGCCAGUGGCAGUGCCCGCCGCCACCCACGCCCACCACACUCCAACUCAGGAAAACUCUCAAGCGGCAAUGCAAAGACUCCCAACAAACAGAAGGUACAAUCCAACAAGGCAGCUGGCAGGUGUUGCCUACAACGAGUCAACGGGCAGCUUCACCCACGCCGAUGUGGCGGUAAGCAGGUACUGCAGGGGCGUGAGGGCGUCAGACACUCCAAGAGACGUCUGGGGCUCCCGGCUGAGGAGUCUUCGCCGGAGGUCAAAAAGGUUAGACUGCAGGUCAAUGCCCCGGAGACGCGAAGCAGCAGGAAGGUCAAUGUCCAGGAGAAGGCUGUGACGGAGUCCGGUGGCCAUCUUGGUAAGGUCACGUCCUCCCGACCUUCCUCCUCGGAGCAAAGACCCAAACGAGCCUCCGCUGGCAAGCUGAUGUUGACCCGACAAGCACAGUCCAUACCCCCUACUGCUAAUACUACUACUACUGCUAAUACUACACCACCAGCUAAGAACACUACUUCUAAGAAAACUUUCCAGGGCACUUCCAAGAACACUUCCCAUGUCACUUCCAAGGGCACUUCCACCUCCACUUCCACUACCUCAGCAGCCAAGGUGAAACCAGGCACCAGCAGCCCGGCUAAAGCAGCAGCAGAGGCUAAAGCAGCAGCAGAGGCUAAAGCAGCAGCAGAGGCUAAAGCAGCAGCAGAGCCUAAAGCAGCAGAGAGGCAGCGGGGAGAGCGGGAAGAGCGGGAGAGUGGGGAGAAGAGAGGUGCAGCACCACCCCCGCCCCUGUCCCUAACCGAGGUGCCAGUGUUCAGACCCAGCCUGGAGGAGUUCCACGACCCCCUGGUGUAUGUGGAAGCGGUGCGGGGGCAGGCAGAGAGCUAUGGGCUGUGCAGGGUGGCUCCUCCUCAGGACUGGAGGCCAGAGUGCAAGCUGAAAGAGGACAUGAGGUUUGUGACCCAGGUGCAGCACAUCCAUAAGCUGGGUCGGCGCUGGGGGCCCAAUGUACUCCGGCUGGCCUGCAUCAGGAAACACCUCCAGGCCCAGGGCAUCUCCAUGGAGGACCCCCCGCUCAUAGGCGGAUGUGAGUUGGACCUGGCCCGGUUCUUUCAGCUCAUCAACGACAUGGGCGGCAUGCAGCAGGUCAGCGACAUGAAGAAAUGGAACAAGCUAGCCGACCAGCUCCGUAUCCCCAAGACUGCACAGGAUCGUCUGGCCAAGCUGCAGGAGGCCUAUUGUCAGUACCUACUGUCCUACGACUCCCUGGACCCCGCUGAGCGCAUCCGCCUGGAGAGGGAGGUGCUGGAGGAGAAGGGGAGGCUGGAGAAGAAGAGAGGGCCCCUGGAGGGCCACUCAGAUGACUCCCAACAAAGCCUGCUCCAGCUGCCCCGCUGUGAGCCCAAGAAUGGCCUGGUAAACGGGGUGAUCCGGAGGAACGGCCUGCCCAGGAACCUGGAGGAAGGAGCGAAAGAGGGGAAGGAACAGGAGAAGGACAUGUGGCUGAGGUCCAGCAGGAGGAGACUGUUCUCUCAGGAGAAGAAAGGAGGAAGAGGAGGAUCAGAGGAGGAGAAAGAGUUUCUUAGCGACCAGCACAAGUGUAUAUACAGGGGGAAGUCGGUUUCUCUCACUACGUUCUACAGGACAGCCAGGAAUACUAUGAACAUGUGUUUCAACAAGGAGCCUGGGACGGCUGAGGUGGAGCAGGAGUACUGGAACAUCGUGGAGCAGAGGGAUUGUCAUGUUGCAGUGCACUGUGGGAAAGUGGACACUAAAACUCAUGGGAGUGGCUUCCCAGUUGGAAAGUCUGAGACGUUUUCAAAACAUGGAUGGAACCUUACAGUCCUUCCCAAUAAUUCAGGAUCCAUCUUACGCCACCUUGGUGCUGUGCCAGGAGUGACCAUUCCUUGGCUGAACAUCGGCAUGGUCUUCUCUACCUCAUGCUGGUCGCGAGACCAUCAUCGCCUUCCAUACAUUGAUUACUUACACACUGGUGCUGACUGCAUUUGGUACUGUAUUCCUGCUGAGGAGAAGGUGAAGCUGGACAAGGUGGUUCACACACUACUGCAGGCUAAUGGAACCCCAGGACUGGAGAUGUUGGAGAACAACAUCAUGAUCUCUCCGGAGGUGCUGUGUCGAGCGGGGGUCAAAGUGCACCGGACCGUCCAGCAGAGUGGCCAGUUCGUCGUCUGUUUCCCGGCAGCGUUCGUCUCCAAGGUGUGCUGCGGCUACAGCGUCUCCGAGACAGUGCACUUCGCCACCCCCCAGUGGCUGAACACGGGAUACCAGGCUGCCAAGGAGCUGAAAUGUCGACGCAUAGAGAGGUCUUUCUCCAUGGAGAAGUUGCUGUACCAGAUCGCAAUGUCAGAAUCUAAACGGGAGAAUGGUGUCAUUCUGAGUACCAUGACCUCACUUCUCAAAGACCUCAGGGAUACAGAGUUGAGACAGCGCAGGGAUCUGUUUGACGCCGGGCUGCGGUCUGUUGCCCGCUACUGUAGCCAUGACAACCAGGCCUCGUCAGAGAGCAGGAGGAUCCAGCGCCAGUGGCUGAGGCUCGACCCCUCGGACCGACGCUGCCAGGUGUGCCAACACCUCUGCUACCUCUCCAUGGUGGUUCAGGAGAGUGAGAACGUGGUGUUCUGUCUGGAGUGUGUCCUGCUGUACGUACAGAAACACAAGUCCUGCCGAGGCCUCAAAAUGAUGUACCGUUACGACGAGGACCAAAUCAACCAUCUGGUGAGCAGGGUGUGUGGGAGAGUGCUGGAGAGGAGCAGUGCUGAGAAGAGGAAAGGGACGAGAGGACUUCAGGGCCCCGGUGAGACGUCCACCCCGGCCAAACGCAGCGCCCGAAACAGAACCUCCAUCACUGUGUCCCUCACCCGCCUCCCCUCCUCCACCCUGCCCAAGACCGCCCUCAGCUCUAAGUAACUCACAUCAUGGGCCGCGCUCCAAUACUUCACAUCCUUCCUUCCUGGGUUCUUUGAGGUAAACACAGAUUUACAAGUGGUUAGGUUACUACCACACAAUUACUGUCACCAAUACAACCAAUUCACACCUGUGAUUACUUCAAAGGAAGGAAGGAAGGAAGGAAGGAAGGAAGGACUUCUGAAGUAUUCCAACAGGACCAGUGCUUCACUACGGUACAUUUCUCUCUGCUCAGUGUGGAGAAUGUGCUCCUUAAACCACGGUAAAAAAACAUGUUUUUAAGAGGCAUUAAUGGCUGGAUUCAGUUCCGUAUCGGAGGAUCCGCGUUUCAGCUCAAUUGAAAUUUGAAGGCAAUGUUCCCGCAUUCACUGUAUAUCUCAGCUCAAUCGGAAAUGACCUUUAAAAUGUGAGCGCGGAUCUUCAGCGAUAUGGAUUGAAUCCAGCCCUUUCGUCCAAUACUGUAUAUUGUAUCUAGAUAUCACAAUAUCCUCCUAGCUACACCUAUUGUUAUUACCUACAGACUUCACUUCCCUGGUGCUACAUCUUGGUGCUCAAUUUAUACUGUAUUUGGUGUAGUAAUAAUAAUGAUCAUUUCUGUUUUGCUCAAAGCCAUUGGACUGCAUCCUGAACUGUGAACACGUUUUUAGAACUUGUUACCAAUAAGUUGAUUCUACAGUUUUGCGUUAGACUCCAACCAGUAAUAAGGCUCUUCAGGGGUUUGUAAUACAUGAAAACGAUACAAAGAUUUUUUCCAGCGGAGCGCAAAAAGUGGGUCAUAUUUAUUAGUGCUAAACGUAGGAAAACGUUUUGCAGCGGGAAAAACAAAAAACAAGCGUUCCUUAUUGGACAUGUUCAGGUAGUCCCUCCCCGUUUUGGCCCUUUUGCUUCCGUUUGGUUCCGAGUGAAUACGACCCUGGCCCCUUCUCAGAUCAUUGAUGUUAUAAUUGUUUAGAGAAUUGGCCAAGAAUGGAACGGUCAUCAUGGGCUUCACACCGCUCAUCUGACCAUUUUGGUGUGAAACACUGUGCCUAAAAAAAAUGCAUACUAAUCAUUUUCAAUCACUUCUGGUGCCGAUAGUUUUUGUUUUGUGACCAAGUUAUCUACUCUAGACCCUUAUAGGCUCUUGACCUGCAACUCUUGGGUCUCCGGGAAUGUGUUCCAAAUGGCAGCCUAUCCCCUAUUUAGAGCACUAGUUUUAACCAGAGCCCCGAGGGCACUAUAGAGGGAAUAGGGUGCCAUUUGGGAGUCACAGUCCAGGUGUUUUAUCAAAAAACUGAAAACCACAACAGCAUUGUACAUAUAAAACAAUGUCAAUGUCUAAAGAUACAUGAACCUGAGCCUUUUAAGGAAUGAAAUGCAGUGUUUUGGAGUAGGGAUUUAUGAAGAAAAAGCCUUCCCCCGUUACUUCAUCUGUGGCCCCGUAUACACUCAACGGUUGUGAUACAAAAAAAAUCUAGAAUUACAUAAGCAUUAUGGAGACAGUGAAAUGGUUGUGUAAUUUGUUUUGGUGCAGACAGAAAAAGAAUAUAUUGUAUGACAACCCUUGUGUCCACUGUGUUGGACAUUAGUUGUAUGGGGCCAGGGUUGUCCUGGUAACAUGUAUGGACAAGUGCUGCUUAUAUCACUGAAGUACAGCAUCGUUUCAAUCCCCUCGUUUUUUACCUUGACUUUUUUUAUGAAAAGGGAAAAUAAGUAGAAGAACAAUAAAAAUCUACUAUGUACAGAAGGAGUAACUCCUGUUGUUGCACUCCAGCCUCGAGACAAGAGUCCUUUAAAUCAGCUUGUUGAGACCCCUUACAAAAACAAUCCAUUUUCAAAGUUGACAUAUACACAGAGUUUGAUGUUUUUGAAAAAGCGUGCUUAAUGUUUUGGUUGUUUUUUACAACAGGCUCAUUACAGCCCACCGUCUCAUUUCUGAUCUCUGAUUCUGUUUUCCUUCCAUGCUGUUCCACGUUGGACAAUGAACGUUUUACUUUCUAUUUUAUUUGUUAGUACCUAUUAAGGUUGAAUAAAAAGGUUUGACAGUGUCUA